GUAAAAUUCACAGUCACUCUCUUUUCUUUUUUAUCCGCUUUUAGGGUUUUGAAGCAAAGUUUCGUCGUCUUCGCGAUUCUGCUCGAUUGUCGCCCCAUGGCGAAACCAAGUCGUGGACGUCGUUCACCUUCCGUCUCUGGGUCUUCCUCUCGUUCCAGCUCCAGAUCUCGUUCGAGUCCGUCCAGGUCUGUUUCGCGCUCCCGUUCCCGUUCCAGUUCCAGAUCGCUCUCGUCUUCUUCUUCUUCUUCUCCUUCCAGGAGCGUUAGCUCUGGGAGUCGCAGUCCUCCUCCACCUCGUGGUAAAAGUUCUGCUGGGCCUGCUAGUAGGCGAGGUCGCUCUCCUCCUCCUUCACCCUCUAGUUUCAGGAAAGCUGCACCUGUUCAAGAAUCACUUGUUCUCCAUGUUGAUUCUCUCAGCAGGAAUGUGAAUGAAGGCCAUCUCAAAGAAAUAUUUGGCAACUUUGGUGAAGUUGUUCAUGUGGAACUUGCCAUGGAUCGAGCUGUUAAUCUUCCAAAAGGGUAUGCUUAUGUUGAGUUCAAGGCAAGAGACGAUGCUGAGAAAGCUCAGCUGUUUAUGGAUGGUGGUCAGAUUGAUGGAAAUGUUGUCAAAGCAAAGUUCACACUACCACCGCGUCAGAACUUAUCCCCACCCCCUAAACCUGUCUCAAGUGCAACAAAAAGAGAGGCUCCAAAAUCUGAUAGUGCCGGUGCUGACAUUGAGAAAGAUGGGCCCAGGCGCCCAAGAGAGACUUCUCCGCAACGGAAACCAGUACUUUCUCCAAGAAGGCGAUCACCUCUGCCUAGGAGAGGCGCAUCACCUAGGAGAUUACCUGAUUCUCCCCCUCGUCGAAGGCGAAGCUCUCCUAUCCGCCGUCGUGGUGAUACACCUCCUAGACGCAGGGCUGCAUCGCCGUCUUCUCCUCCAAGACGGCGUAGAUCUCCUCCAAGGGGCUCCCCUAGAAGAAUCCGUGGCAGCCCUGUUCGCAGACGGUCUCCUCCUCCUCUAAGACGAAGGUCACCUCCAAGGAGACUACGCAGUCCUCUAAGAAGAUCUCCAAUCCGCAGACGUAGCCGAUCCCCAGUUCGUAGACCUGUUCGCUAUCGUUCAAGGUCCAUUUCACCCCGCAGGGGACGAGGUCCAGCUGGGAGACGUGGGAGGUCAUCUUCAUACUCUAGUUCGCCAAGUCCCAGAAGGGUUCCUAGGAAGAUUUCAAGGAGCCGCAGUCCUAGAAGGCCACUGAGAGGGAAAAGAAGCAGCAGUAACAGUAGCAGCAGCAGCUCACCGCCUCCUCGCAAAACAUAAUGUAAUAAAAGUAGUUGUUAAAGAAGAACUUGUCUUUCAGCACCUUCUCCAUCUCCCAUUCAACAGUGUUUACCAGUGUGACCGAACGAGAGUUGUGGCUUUUGUAGUGUUUGGAUGUUUUAAGAUUCUUUUGUGUAUCGCCCAAUAUCUAUCUAAGUUGGGUUUUAGUAUCUUAUCUUAUGAGUACUAUGGACUCUAAUU